GUCUUUACAACCAGCUUUCUGUGCGCGCUUGUUUCGUCUUCGUUCGCCGCCAUCAUUACGAAGACGAAAGAGGUUGGUUUUACUGAUUUUUACGUGGUAGUGUCAUUAUUCGAAAGCCAGCACAAAUGAAGAUGGUUGAUAAAAUAGAAAUGAGUCUUGAUGACAUUAUCAAGCAAAAUAAAGGGACUAGACCGCGCGGCGGAGGUGGCAGACGUGGAAGAGGUGCCGGUAAUUCACCUCGUAGAGGAGCACGCAGAACUCAAAGAGUUGGUGGUGGCGUCAUGCGGGGACGCAGUCGUGGUGGCAUUACCAGAAAUUCUCUUCCGUACACGAGGGGUGAUGUAAACAGUGCAUGGAAACAUGACAUGUUUGAUGGGGUAAAAAAGGUUGGCCGAAGUGCAAUAGGUAGCACAGGAACAACCAAGCUCCUCGUAUCAAACCUUGACUUUGGAGUAUCGGAUUCAGAUAUUCAGGAAUUAUUUAGUGAAUUUGGUCCCUUAAAAUCAGCAGCAGUACAUUAUGACAGGUCAGGUCGAUCUUUAGGCUCUGCAGAUGUUAUAUUUGAAAGAAGAGCAGAUGCCAUUAAAGCAAUGAAACAGUAUAAUGGAGUACCAUUGGAUGGUCGUGAAAUGAACAUACAAGUUGCUACCUCUGAAAUACCAGUCACAUCAAUCCGUGGAGGCCCGAGACUAAGCGGCAGUAGUUAUACACAGAGACCUCAGUCCCGGUUUAGGGGUAAUCGUGGAACAGGAUCCAUCAGAGGUCGUGGGACGGGACGACGUGGUGGCAGAGGAGGCAUUCGACAAGCGACGAAAACUCCUACCGCUGAAGAAUUAGACGCCGAGUUGGAAGCUUACGUAAAAGAAGUAAAGUAACAACGUCACAAAGCAUACUUUUAAGAUUUUGUUCUGAUUUGACUUAACACGAUACAAUGUGUUUCCCUAAUUUUCAUGAGAAUAUAUAAAAAUAAGUAUAAUUGUAUAUUUAGCAAGAUGUUAUAAGAAAUUUCUAUUAAUGGGUCUUUUAUUUUUGACGUUUUCUCUGGAAAUUGGCAUACAAAUUUUACAAAUAUAUAAAAAUGAUAAUUUGUAGGAGUUCAUAAAUUUUUUUAUGAUACCGUAACAUAAAGAAAAUAAAAAGUUAUGAUAUAAAGACUGUAUGGAUUUGUAUGUACUAUCGUGCGUGUGUGAUUAUCAGACGAAAAAUACAGUAACAUUCAACUUUAAAA